CCUUCAGCACCGCCUCCAACUACUUUAGCGCGGAGUCGGCAGCAGAUGGUGGACACGGCCCGAGGUUUCGGCGGCGAGAACGAAGGGAUGCGCCAAGCCCACACCGGCCGCCUUUAGCUCCGCGCCCGCUGCCGCUCCCCUCCAUGAGCCGCCCCGCGUCCCUGCUGCCGGCCGCCCGCUGCCGCAGCGCUCCGGCCAAGCGGCUCCACACCCUCCACGACGGACCCGCCGAAGAAACUCCGGCCGCUAAAUCCCCUCGCCUGGCUGACUGCGGACCCCCGGAUUGCCUCAGCGCUCCCGGGUCGCCUUGUGCUCCCCCGGUUUCUCCCGCCGGUGGGGGAGCGGCGGGUCCCAGCUUGAUCGCCUCGUACCUGCUGCUGCCGCUGGCCGAGCGGGAGCAGGUGUCCAGGGCGCUGAGCGUCAGCUCCGGGCGGGAGUUGCGCUGCAAGGUGUUCCCCCUCAAACACUACCAAGACAAGAUCCGGCCUUACAUUCAGCUGCCAUCGCACAGAAACAUCACCGGGGUUGUCGAAGUCAUCCUCGGGGACACCAAAGCCUAUGUGUUCUUUGAAAAGGACUUUGGGGAUAUGCACUCCUACGUGAGGAGCUGCAAGAGGCUGAGGGAAGAGGAGGCUGCCCGGCUGUUCAAGCAGAUCGUCUCCGCUGUAGCUCACUGCCACCAGUCGGCCAUUGUACUUGGUGACCUCAAGCUCAGGAAAUUUGUCUUCUCUAAUGAAGAAAGGACUCAGCUGCGGCUGGAGAGCCUGGAGGACACUCACAUCAUCAAGGGUGAAGAUGAUGCUCUCUCAGACAAGCACGGCUGCCCAGCCUAUGUCAGCCCCGAGAUCCUAAACACAACAGGGACUUACUCGGGAAAAUCAGCAGAUGUGUGGAGUUUGGGAGUGAUGCUCUAUACCCUGCUAGUGGGACGCUAUCCCUUCCAUGACUCGGACCCUAGCACUCUGUUUUCCAAGAUCCGGCGUGGACAAUUCUGUAUUCCUGACCACGUGUCCCCUAAAGCCCGAUGCCUCAUCCGCAGCCUCCUGCGGCGGGAGCCCUCUGAAAGACUCACUGCUCCAGAGAUCUUGCUUCACCCUUGGUUUGAGGCAGUCUUGGAGCCUGGAUAUACAGACCAGGAGACGGGAACUUCGGAUCAAAUUGUUCCAGAAUAUCAUGGAGACAGUGAUGAUAUUAGUUCCUUCUUCUGCUAACCCCAAAAUCUCAAUAACUUCAGCAGCUCUCACCUCCAGCAUCUUUGCAGAGUAUCAUUCUUCUACCUUUGCAAACUCAACAGCAUCUUAAAGUGCCAGUAUGGUCAGAAAAAUGACCUUGUUUUAAAAAAACAACACGUAGAGCUCAGCUCCCUAAGCAUGCUCAGAGUUUCAUCCUCUUGCCCUGCAGGUAGGUCUGUGCUGCUGGCCCUGGAGGACCUGUGCAGCUUUGCAAGAUCUGCCUGGCUUUUUUCCUGCCUCUGGCAUCCCCCACUGGUGUAACUGGCCACAUCUGGGCUGCAGAGUCUGACAGCUGCUGAGGUGUGAGACAAAUAGCCCCCCCCAUCUGUGGUGGGGGACAUGAGGUGUGCCUCUAACUGAGCAAAUCUGACAGAAAUGGGCAAAAAGAGGAAUCAACUUGGCGUGACACAGCAGCUGGCUUGUGAAGUUUCUGACUGUGAGCACACUUUAAUGAGAGGAGGUCUUCAUCCACCACGGGCAGCUGCCUGCUUGCUGCUGCUCCUCCAGCUGAUCUUGCUUCCAGAGGCAUGAAGCUUCUACAUCCACCCAUAAGACAAAUCACUGCUGUGGCUCUUUCUGAAGCAGAUAACUGUGGAUCUCCCAGUUGGAUCCCCUGCAAUUCCAUUCACUGAUUGAGAAAGCAUUUAAAAUAGACUUACGCCUCACGUUACCAUGGUAUAGCCUAUAUAACUUUAUGCCCUCAGAGAGCUUGUCAAGUAGGAGGUCUCUUAGCUCUGAGUGCCAAAACAGAUCCGUUUACUAAACCGUAACACUAUCGGCUGGGGCGCCUUCUCCUGGAAGAUGAUAAGGGGUAUCUUGUACAGUACUUGUAAACACAAUCGUGUUUUCCUGCAGGCUCAAUUCUUAAAACCAUCACAUCCCCUCUCCUCUUUGCCCGUACACCCCCGUCCUCCCCCCACAAAAGUUAGUCUUAAGAGUGAAAUCUCCAUAUGCCCUUAGUUGAUUAUUCAGGUAUGUUGUUUGCCUCUGGCUAUGGUUACUCUCCACUUCCCCCCCACCUCCCAGUUUUUUUGUUUUUGGUUUUUUUUUUUGUUUUUUUUUUUUUUUUUUUUUUUUUUUUGCAUGAAUAUUCAUAGUCUUUCCAUUGUUUGUGGAAAAUGAAUAUAAAUCAUUAGCUUCAUGGGUUGGGGGUAAGUAAAGCUUAGUCCUGCCUAAACUUUCUGCUUCGUUUCACAAUUGUGUCCAGUGGCUUAUGCAAAGAGAUGUCCAUUCACCUCUGGCAAGAGUGCAGCUUCUGAAAUGGCGGUGGGCUGGGUAAGUGUGUCUCCAACAUGGCACAGUUCAAAUGAAGUAAUUUUAUGGGUUAACCCCCGACAAACUGCAGUCCCACCAUGCGUUUCGAGAAUACCAUGUAUACCUCAUGGACUGUGUACUUUGUACAUACCUUACUGUUUGGGGUUUUGUUUUCUUGUUUUCUUGUUUUGUUGUACUUCGUUUGUCCUAAUAAGAGGUGUCGAAGAGCAAUUUAAUGUGAAUUAUUGUUGGCAAUACUAACUUGACAGAAUCAUGAGCAUUAAGAGCAGGGCACUACAGCUCUCCGUUGCACUAAACCUCUCAUGAUUGCUUGACAUUUGUAUCUGUGAUACAGUUUAACCCUUCUAUGAAAAACAGUACAUUUGUAUAUAUUGGUAGAAAACUCUGCCAGAAAAGCUAAAAACACUAUGUCCAACUUGUAAAUAUGUAUAUGUAUGUGGAAACCUGGAUGAUAAAGUCUGAGUUGUAGAAAGUUUUAAUAAACUUGGUUUCAUAACGUU